CCCCAGUGCAUCAUCAACUCAUUCGACGGUUGCCACUUGGCUGGAUCACUUCGCGCGCGCUCGUCCUUCCUUAUUCCCCUAGCGUUUAUCGCGUUUUGUUCGUUAAUUUAAUCAUCCUCACUAGCGGUUGGAGUGGCGGGUCGUGUGAGUUUAUAAAGUGUGACUGCAGUUAUUCUGCCAGGCCCCGAGUGUUGCAAAUAAUAACAAUAAUAAUAACGGAACAAAACAUCAAAGCGGCCAAGCCUCCCGGCUCCGAGUUUAGUUCGUAAUGUCGUUCACGAGGAAAGUGACCGUCUACAAGCAAGGAUGUGGCGGCCAGCGAACCGUGACCACCGUCACGCAAUCCAGCAGCUCGUGUUUCUCCUCGUCGUCAUCGUCAAACUUCCAGAACUUUGAAAACUUUCAAAACUGCCAGAAUGUAACGUGGACCAAAAACACCCCGUCGUUGGCUGCCCAGGUGCUGCUACCCCAGAAAUCCACCGUUUGUCCAACGGCAAAGGCCACUCCGUCAUCGACUUCCACGUCGUCGUCAUCAUCCUUUGAGCAGACCGUUUUGGAGGAGCACAAUCGGCUACGUGCGCGACAUUCGGCCCAGCCGUUGAAGCUCAAUCCGGCAAUCAGUCGAUACGCACAGGAAUGGGCUAACAACCUGGCCGCCCGGAACACGAUGCAGCAUCGGUCCAAUAACCGGUACGGGGAGAAUCUGUACGCGUGCUUUGGGAAGACUGUCGUUGGUGGGGAGGAUGCUGUGAAGUCGUGGUACGACGAGAUUAAACACUACCGGUUUGGACAGCCUAGUCCGGGAAACUUUUCUCAGGUGGGACACUUUACGCAGGUUGUGUGGAAGGAGUCACGGGAGCUGGGCGUUGGGAUGGCGAAGAAUGGCAACAACGUCUACAUUGUCUGCAACUAUGAUCCUCCCGGAAACUUCAUGGGAAAAUAUGCCUCAAAUGUUACCUCUAGUUAAAAUGGUCUCCAAAUGAUAAAUAUUGUCACCAAAGUUUACUGUAA